AUGGAAACGGAAGAGUUCGAAGAAGAGCCAAAGGAAAGGAUGCUUGUACAAGUACUCGAGUAUGGAUGCGCGGCGGCCUGCUGCGCGACGGCGGCGGCGCUGGCCCUCUGGAUCCUCUGGCUGGGCCGCAGGGGCGGCUCGGAGCACGCGCGCCAGCUGCGGUCGCUGGAGCUGAGCCACUCGGUGGUGACCAGCAGCGGCAGCUUGCGCGGGCUGUGGGUGGACGACGGCAGCAACGGCAGCGCGCUAGCCUUCUACGGCGUGCCCUACGCCGAGCCCCCUCUCGGAGCCGCCCGAUUCCAGAGGCCCACGCCCGUGCGACCGUGGACCGGGGAACUCAGGGCCACGUACAAGGCGCCACCCUGUCCACCCCAAUGGCUGCGCGCCGCAGAGCGUCCGCAAGGCAAGCUGGGACCAGACUGGACCGAGGACUGCCUACACGUCAACAUAUGGACUCCGGGACUGAGCCCGGCCAAGCUGAGGCCAGUGGUGGUGCUCUUGCACGGCGGACACUUCACGCACGGCUCCAACAGGCUGCGGCAGUACGACGGAGCCGGGAUGGCCACGCGCUGCGACUGCGUCGUCGCUGUGCCCAACUACAGACUGGGGGUGUUCGGCUUCCUGUUCGGCAACGUGUCCAGCUUCCCCGGCAACCAAGGUCUCUGGGACCAGCACCUGGCCCUGCAGUGGCUCAAGCGAAAUGCGGCCGCCUUCGGUGGGGACCCGCGCAACCUCGUCCUCUGGGGCGUCGACGCGGGCGCCAUCAGCGCCGGCCUCCACAUCCUCUCCCCGCUCGGUGGCGUCUCGCUCUUCUCCAGAGCCGUGCUGCAGGGCGGGUCCCCGCUGUCCUGCCUGGGGGAGUGCGCGGACGCCGAGAACGUGCGGCUCAGUGUGGCCAAGCUGUGCGCGUCACCUGACGAGGCCGAAGACGAGCGUCGCGCCUUGGCCUGCCUCCAGGCGGCGCUCGCAGCGGCACUGGUGACACUGCCCGUGGAUGACUAUUUCGCGCAGACUUUGAGUCCGUUCCUGCCCACGUACGGUGACCCGCUGGUGCCCGUUGACCCCAAGGUGCUGGCGUACCAGAGGCGGCCCCUUGUGGCCUCUGGUGGCGCAGCGGGCCGCCACGUUGGCGCGCCGCUGUCUGUCCUGGUGGGCUUCGCUCGGGGCGAGGGCCAGCACUUCCUCGCGCGCUUCUUGGACGCCUCGACGAACGGCACCUGGGCGCACUUCACGCCCGACCAGCACCGCAGCACCGCCUCCGCCCUGUUCACGUUCACCUUCGGCGAGGAGAUCUUGGAGGCCGAGAGCCUGCACACAGACCUCGAGUCGCUGAACGACCCGCAGCGCGUGUUCCGCCACUACGGGGCGCUGCUGGACGACGCGCUGUACGUGUGUCCCGCGCUGGCGUUCGCCGAGUACCUGUCGGACGCUGGCCUGGUACACGUGUACGAGUUCGCGCUGGUGGACCACGAGAACGGCACGCCGCCGCAGGCGCCGCAGCACAGUGACGACUUCGACGCUGCCUUUCAUUACGGCGCCGAUGACUACCUCGAGCCUCAGGGUGCGGGAGCCUUCGCGGACGCCGUAAUUGCCUUCAUCAGCGCAGGACUGGAACACCUUCUCCCACGCCGUCCAACGCAUUUUUGGCCGACAGACAGAUCAACGCAGAGGCCACAUUUUGGGAGUUUUGCCGGCAUUCGUUGCUGCUUGAGCUGCACGGCGGCACCUGUGGUGUUCCGUUCGACGAAGCCGUCUUUCCGGCCGUUUCCAACCUCGACUGGCGCCGAAAGGAAACUGUACGACUAGGAGCGCCUUCCUUUCGAUCACAACCGCGAUUAUCGACAAUAGUGUAACAUACAACGGUGGUAACGCCUUGUUUAUGUGCGGAAAAUGUCGCUCUUGGACCUCUCUUAACAAAAAUUCCCCUUCCCAGAACAUUCUUGUAGCACUUAGCUUAAGAAAGUCACAAAGUAGGUGAGGUGACUACCCAACCCUCAAUAUAUGAGCCGCUGCGUAAGGAAAACAACAUGCGCAGAGAAGAUACACGACGCGGCACAGGUAGCCUACUUAAUGCAAACGUGACGUGAACGUGGGUAUAUGCAAACUAAAGCACGCGCUUGCAAACAACUUGAACACACGCGUGCACGUGAAAGGGGCAUUAGACGCCAGUUCGCAGUCCUCUAUGAUAAGGAGCUUUGUUGUAUGCAAAGGUCGUAUUAGCAUGGCAGCACUGUUCUUGAGUCGCACAAAAGCGGGAGGCAUUCGAUGGGUAUAUUUUGCUUUGAACGACUGAUUAAAUCUUGCGUUUUUUUUUC